UCAUUUUUACUUGCUCAUGGCGAUCCUCCCUCUCGUCCUCCUCCCGCUCCUCCUCCUCCUCCUCUCCGCCCUCCUCCUCGCGCGGGCCCUCCGAGCCCACCGUACAUCCAAACUCCCCUUACCUCCGGGGCCCAAAGGCUCCCCCAUUGUCGGCAACCUCCUCCAACUCGGCCCAAAGCCUCACCAAACUCUCUACAACCUCUCCAAAGCCCACGGCCCAUUAAUCCACCUCCGCUUCGGCUUCGUAGACAUGAUCGUCGUCAAUUCCGCCGCCACCGCCGCCAAAAUCCUCCGCAACGACGCCAACGUCUGCAGCCGGCCGACCAGCACCAGCGUCAAACACAUCGCAUACAACCACCAGGAUCUCAUAUUCGCCCACUACGGUGCGCGGUGGCGCAUGCUGAGAAAAAUAUGCGCGCUCCAGUUGUUUUCUCCCAAGGCCAUGGAGGAUCUGGCUCCCGUGCGGGCGGAUGAGGUGGGGAGAUUUGUGCGGGAGUUGGCGGCAGCGGAGGUGGAGGAGAAGUUUGUGAAUCUGAGUGAUGGAAUAAGUGCGUGCGCGGCGGAUGCUUUGUCGAGAGUGGUGGUGGGGAGGAGAGUGUUUGGGGAUGGAGAGGAGAGCAGAGAGUUCAAGGAGAUGGUGGUGGAGAUGAUGAAUUUGUCCACUGCGUUUAAUAUUAAUGAUUUUGUGCCUGGGCUUGGAUGGCUUGAUCUUCAGGGAUUGGUGGGGAAGAUGAAGAAGCUGCAUCGGAAAUUUGAUGAGUUUUUGGAUAGGGUGAUUGAGGACCACCAAGUGAGGUUGACGGAGACCGGGAAGACGAUCGCCUCAGCCGGCGGCGGCCGUGGGCGGCAUAAUGAUCUGUUAAGUGUGCUGAUUGAGGCGAAGGAGGAUGCGAAUGGGGAUGGGAUUGCUCUUACUGAUGCAGACAUAAAGCCACUUUUGCAGAACAUGUUCACCGCGGGGACCGACACAUCAUCAAACACCAUAGAAUUCGCCAUCGCAGAGCUGAUCCGCCACCCAGACCUUCUAGCUCGCGCCCAACAAGAGCUCGACCACGUCGUCGGCCGCCGCCGCCUCGUCGCCGAAACCGACCUUCCCAACCUCCCCUUCUUCCAGGCCGUCAUCAAAGAGACCUUCCGCCACCAUCCCGCCGCUCCUCUCUCCCUUCCCCGCAUCAUCUCACAAGACUUCGAGAUCGACGGCUACCUCAUUCCUAAAGGGGCCACCCUUCUAGUCAACAUAUGGGCCAUCGGGCGGGACCCGAUGGCUUGGCCCGAUGAGACAUUAGCCUUCCGGCCCGACCGAUUUCUCCCGGGCGGGCGGCACGAGGGGAUCGAUGUGAAGGGGAAUGAUUUCGAGUUAAUACCAUUCGGGGGCGGGCGGAGGAUUUGUGCGGGGAUGAAUUUGGGCAUGAGAAUGGUGCAGUUCAUGGCGGCGACGUUGGUGCAUUCUUUCGACUGGAAGCUGCCCGAGGGACAACUGCCCGAGAAGUUGGAUAUGGAUUUGAGCUUUGGGCUCACCCUACACCGAACCACCCCGCUCAUGAUUCGACCGGUGCCCCGGCUUGAUCCGAAGGCUUAUCUUUGAAGCAUUACUCGAAGAUGUUUUCCAUUCAUAAAUAAUAGAUAUAAGAGUUUUAAGGGGAGAGUGGUGAAUAAUUGAAGAGAAGUUAUAUGGAGUUUUUGUUUUGGUGCCUUUGGGUUGUUCUAAUCAUUGUAAGUGAAGUUUAUCUCUUUUAAAAGAGAAAUUCCACACCA